CGUAUUUUUAUCAUUAGAACCAUUAUUGAUUCUCGUUAGACUAGUACGCCUUCCCCAAACUCGUAGCAAUUAUAGUCACUCAUUGAAAAGUAAAGUAUGAUGAAGUUCAGUAUGCUUGCUACGAUGAAUACCUCACCCUCAUCCCAGCAACUUGGUGCAGGAGCAUCGGCUCCAAAGCAAUCAGGAAAUACAGCAGCAUUUCAAAAAUGAUUUGACACGCUCAAUGGAUGAUUUCUGAAUCAAUGUAAAACAGCUGUUGGCUAGAUUAUCCUUGUUGAUCCGGAUAGACGAAAAUUAGAUCAAGAUCUAUUGGUCUUAUCAUUCCUCUUCUACUUUCUUUCUCUAUGUGAUUUAAUAAAGUAUCUCUUUCGGUUAUUUUUAUGGAACAGAAGGGAAUCUUCUCCUUUUCGAUGUUUGCCUCUUUUUUUAUCAACAUUUUCCUUUUCGAUGUUUUUCCAUUCGACGUUUUCCGUCAACCCCCUUGAUUAUAGGUUAAAUCUGAUGCUGACCACAAAUAUGUUAUCCAUUUCGACUAAUGUUGCUUUUUCACGCAGGUCUCUGAAAAACUGUUCUUUGGUGGCUCUCUCUAAAUUUGAUGGUGAACGAAAUCUGAUCUCAUCAAGGUUACCUGUAGAAAAAGCUUUUCUUAAAAAUGAUCGCCCAAAUUCUUGUUGAAUCAUAGAAAGUUAACUGUCCGAUUUCUUACAGAAGUAUAACUUACAGCUUUUUGUAUAGUAGAAGAUUUUCAAUGGUUUAAUGAAAACUUUGUUGGUAGUUUUUAGAAAAAUUGCAUCAACCGAAAUGGAUAACAUAUUCGUCGUGGUCAGUAUCAAACGUCACCUUAAUCAAUUAGAUUCCAAGAAGAAAGUGAACGAAUAGUUGAGAAUAUUCUCUCUUAAGAUCAGUUUUUAUAAUAUAAUUCACUCAAAAAACAAAAAAAGAGUACCACACUUUUUUACAUAUCAUUUUUCUGUACUAGUAAAGUACACUAUAGUUUUUAUUUGUCUUAGAAAAUAAUUAUUUCCAUUCAAAAUGAUGAGAAAAAUGUAUUAGUGCAGUCAAAUCAACAACCAAUUGGUAUUAGUUUUUUUAUACAAUUGUCUCCAAAUACAUUUGGACGUCUAAUUUCAAAUGAAGAUCUUGGAAUAGUUGAUUUAGAUUUUGUUAAUAGAUUUGAUAUAGUUACAAAACCAAAAUGUGGACGUUUAGUUGAUGAUGAACAAAACGAUAUUGAGACAUUUACCAAAAAUGACAAAAUUUCCUAUGUAGUAAAUAAAAACUAUGAAAUUUGCUUUGAUAUGUUCGAUUGGUUUGAAUUUAUUCUUGAAAAUGAAGAAGAGAAAAAACGACGAUUUGUAAUCGAAUGGUCAAUGACAGUAUUUACUAAAUCUCAUAUGAAUGUGACGAAUAUUGAAACUAAAAUUCACAUUCCUGUCAUAAAAAUCGGAAGUUUAAAACAGUCCAGUAUGAUUACAUGUCGUACACGUUCAAACAUCAUUUCCUCGGAUUUAGAUACAUUUAACUAUUUGUAUAAUGAACGUCUUAUAUUUGAUGUUGGAGAGUCAAUAAAAAUAUGUACAAUUAUAUUGAAUUUACAUAUGAAAAAUAAAAUGUCAGCGUUUUAUGUCGAUUUGGUAGAUUGGAAUUAUACAAUGUCGAAUAAUAAACCCAUAGAAAUUAAUUUUGUGCAAAAUGAUUUAGUUGUUGAAUUCGACGAUGACAUGAUCUAUAUUACCGAUGAAAUGAAAUUACUGUCGAUACCAAUUAUUGUUCAUCGUCAUCAUCAUCCCAGUGAUCACUCUCAGGCAGAAGCAAUUUUCUAUUGUUAUACUGAACAACAAUAUACUGGUAAUUCUUUAGUAUCACCAAUUCGUUCACCAGCAAUAUUAGUCAGAGUAUCAUUAAACUCAACAAAUGAACAACAUUUUGGAUUUUGUAAUAUAGACUUACGUAAAAAUAAUUUUUAUUCAAAAAUAACUCAGUCAUUUCUCGUACGUUUAUCAACAUAUUCGGAUAAUAUUAGAAUUGGUCGAAAAGGAACGACGUUUGUUGUCUUCAAUAUUCCACAGAAUAUGUCAAAUAGAUUUGAAUGUCAGACAAUAAUUAAAAAUGUAAACAGCGAUAUUGGUUUCGUACAAAUACAAAUUAAUCGUAUGAUGACAAAUAUUUCAAAAUCCUUGGCAAUUAAAUGUACCACUAUCCGAUCGAGGAAAGCAAAACCAUUUAUUGACUAUACACCAAUAUCAAGAAAUAUUAGAUUCAAUUCAAAUGAACAAAUACAAACAUGUACAAUACCAAUUAUCCACAGAAAUCAUCAUUCCACGCGUUCAUUCGAUGUAUUAUUGUAUGAUUCAAGCAAUGAUUGUAGUCUUAUAAACCCAGAUCGAGUAGUGAUUAAUAUAAUCGAUAGAUUUAUAAACAUUAAUCAAUCAAUAAUUGAAUUUGGAAAAGUAAAACCAAUUAUUGUAAAAGAAAAUAGUUCAAUGGUAUUUGUUCCGAUUCAACGUAAAGGUAAUGUCUUUGUACAAUCAUCGGUCAUUUGUUUUACAAAAUCAGCAACAGCAACACAAAAUCAAGAUUAUAUUGGACGACCGUUGAAUAAUUCGUCAAGAAUCCACUUUCAAAUUGGAGAACAGAUGAAACUGUGUCGUAUUGAAUUGAUUAAUGAUCAAAUUGCUGAGUCGAUGGAGUAUUUUCAAGUACUACUUGCUGAUGCAAAUUCAGCAAUACUUGGCCGAUAUAAAAAAACAAUAGUUCAAAUUGAAAAUGAUAAUGAUGAUUUAACAACAUUUGAAUUAAAAUAUAACAAUAAUUCUUGUAUUCAAGCACCAACAAUAAUAGAUACUGUUACUAAAGCAACUGUAAGAAUUGAGAGAAAAGGUGAUUUAAAACGAUCCGUUGAACUAUUUGUACAAACAAAAGAUGGAACAGCUUUGGCUGCUAUCGAUUAUAUACCAAUUAAUAAAUAUUUAAUUUUUAAACCAAAUAUAAAAUUAAUCAAUGUAGAUAUUGACAUUAUUUAUAAUUUAAAUCGAACAAAAGAUCAAAAAUUAUUUAAUUUUAUUAUACAAAUUCAAUCAGUUGAAAUAUGUAUUGAUAAUAUGGAGAAUGAUGAUCGAGUUAAAAAAUCCGAUUAUAUUAGCGAUGCAUAUCAUCUUCAACUAAAUAAAAACAUGAUAUACAAUGAACAAUUUGAAAUAUUACCAAUUAUCAUGUUAUUAGACGAUAAAAAAAAUUCACAUCAACAAAUAUUAACUUAUGGUCAACCAUUAAUGUGUGUUUCGGCAUGUAAUCCACGACAUCCCAGUUACAAAUUUAUACGUUUUUUUUGUGUUCAUUCAAAAUCUGAAAUUCUUUCUUAUCAAUGGGAAUUAUCUAUGCCACAUGAAAAUUAUGAUACACACUCAUUAUUUCGACGUCUAUCCAAACAUAAAAUGUUUUCUACAAAUACGUCAAUAUUGAAUACGUUCUAUUUUGGUCCUAAAUAUCGGAUACGCUGUCUAAUAUAUACAGAUAAAUAUUCAAUUCCACUUCAAAGUUCUAUCAUUACAAUUGAUGAUACUAUACUUCAAUGUCCUCCUCCUCAUAUUCGCUCAUCACUUAUAUUUGUCACAUUACCUGGUCAAUUUGAAACAUUUGUUCAAUUAUCAGUUGAAAUUCCUCACAUACACGGAACAUAUCCAAUGUUAGCAUUAACAUCUACUAUUGACUUUAAUAAUCGAUCUUAUUUAAAUACUCAACAACAUUGUAAAAAACCAAUUCCAUCGUCAUCAAUAGUCAAUGUUACUUGUAAAUGGAAUUUUCAAGCAUUAUUCACACUUGAUGAUCUUAUCAAUAAUUGUCAUACUCGAAUAUUAAUUUCAAAAAAUAAAUCUUAUUCCAUUGAGCUACCAUUUUAUUAUCAAUAUGUAGGAAUUAAUUCUACUACUAGUCUACAACGUUAUACUCUUAGAAUUCCACUCAAAUAUAAAACAUUAUCAACAUCAAAAUAUUCAAUAAAACAAUUUCAAUUAUCAAAUAUUCAUAUUGACUCAAAUGGUGUAUUACACUAUUUUAUCACUAUCAAUUUAACAAAACCGUUUGAGUUAUUACAAUACAAACUUCAACCACAAUUAUUAUCUUCGAAUCGAACAUUGUCAUUUAUUGUUCAAUUGUUACCAAACACAACAACAUGGCACAUUCAAUCAAAUGAAAUAAAUUUUGAUUACUCUGGUUUUUAUCUCUUUGAAUUAUGUUCUUCUGAUAAAUGUAUACAAUAUCCUAUACAAUUUCAAUUAGAAACAAUUUCACCACUUUUCAAUUCCGCAUCUUCCAUUGGCACAUCUUUCAUUCUAACAUUACCAUUUCCUGUUACACUAUCCAUUCCAUUUAAUAUUUUAAAUCUUCAAAUUAAUGAAUAUUCUUCACAAGAUGAAAUUGUUGGUAUUCUUCUAUGGAACACUACAUUAUUAGAUAAAAAAUAUAUGAAAUUAAAAAUAUAUGAAAUUAAUUUAUGUCAAAUAUUAAAAAGAGUUGAAUGUGAUUAUAACAAUCGAUUAAUAAUACAACAAUUUUAUAAUUAUUCAUUAACGUUAAAUACGGAUUUAAUCUAUGAUACAUUAAAAUUAAACACUCUUUUACUUGGAAAUAACUACGGUCGAUGGUAUAUUCUAGUAAAAUUUACAUUAAUUAAUUUAAAAACAUUAACAUCAAUAAAUGGAACAAAUAUUCAAUCAUUCUAUUUGAAAGAUACAACAAUACAAAUUCCACCAUCUAUUUUAUCUUCUCAUGAUGACAAUAAUAAUGGAAAAAUAAUAUUGAAACAGUCAAAUUAUCGUUUAAUUAAAAUAUGGCUCAUAAUUCUAUUAAUUCUAAUUCUUUCUAUUUUUCUAUCAUUUAUUAUUUAUCAUCGAGAAAGACGGAGGAUAAAGAGUGAAAAGCAUAAAAAAAAUUGUAAAACUAAAAAACAGUACGAUUUUUCAUCAUCGGAUGAAGAUAAUAAUGGUAAAAAUGUGCAUGAUGCGAUGAUUGAAAAAUUUCAAACUGGUGAUUUAACAACCAAAGUUAUUCUAUUAAAUUAUCGAGCAAAAAUACCAUUGAUGGAGGCGGGUACUGAUGUUUAA